AUGCAAUUGUUACGUUUCACUACUUACACGUUUAUUACGUUCAUUACCUUUCUUUGCUUCACGAAAGCGGAUUGGUUUGAUGAUUUGGUAAAUGGCUUACACACGAAAAUCGUUUCCGGUGCUGACUAUAUCAAAGAUAAGGCUGCUCCAACGGUACGUAAGACAUUUGACGAAGCUAAAGCUAAACUGAAAGAUCCCGAAACACAUCGACAUAUUCAGCAUUGGAUCAAGGAAGAUGCUAUCCCGAACAUAAAAGCGAAAGUUAACGCGUUAAUUAGUUUUAUGAAGAAUGAAGUAGUGCCGGAAUUGCAAGAAAUCAAGAAUGCUUAUGAUGCUGCAGCUGAAAGUGAUAAUAUUGAUAAGAAAAACUCAAGCUGA